AUGACAGAAGGUCUCAACAUUACAGACACUUAUGUUACACCAUCAACAACAACCUCAAAUCCAACUACAACUUACACCCCAACUGUUCCAACAACUGCUGCAACUACAACCUCCAUCCCUACUACUACAUCAACACCUCCAACCACUACAUCCACCCCAACAACUACUGCAACUACAACCCCAAUCCCUACUACUACAUCAACACCUCCUACAACCACUACAUCCACCCCAACAACUACUGCAACUACAACCUCCAUCCCUCCUACUUCAUCAACACCUCCAACAACAACUACACCCACCCCAACUACUACAACUACAACCCCCAUCCCUACUACUACAUCAACACCUCCAACAACAACUACACCCACCCCAACUACUACAACUACAACCCCCAUCCCUACUACAUCAACACCUGCACCAACCACUACUACUACAUCAACACCCGCUCCAACCACUACAUCCACCCCAACAACUACUACAACUACAACCCCCAUCCCUACUACUACAUCAACACCCGCUCCAACAACUACAUCCACCCCAACUACUACAACUACAACCCCCAUCCCUACUACUACAUCAACACCCGCACCAACAACUACAUCCACCCCAACAACUACUGCCACUACAACCCCCAUCCCUACUACUACAUCAACACCUGCUCCAACCACUACAUCCACCCCAACAACUACUACAACUACAACCCCCAUCCCUACUACUACAUCAACACCUGCACCAACCACUACAUCCACCCCAACAACUACAACUACAACCCCCAUCCCUACUACUACAUCAACACCUGCUCCAACCACUACAUCCACCCCAACAACUACUACAACUACAACCCCCAUCCCUACUACUACAUCAACACCCGCUCCAACCACUACAUCCACCCCAACAACUGCUGCAACUACAACCCCCAUCCCUACUACUACAUCAACACCCGCUCCAACCACUACAUCCACCCCAACAACUACUACAACUACAACCCCCAUCCCUACUACUACAUCAACACCCCCUACAACCACUACAUCCACACCAACAACUUGUAGUAGAUGUACUACUACAACUACAACCCCCAUCCCUACUACUACAUCAACACCUGCACCAACCACUACAUCCACCCCAACAACUACUACAACUACAACCCCCAUCCCUACUACUACAUCAACACCUGCACCAACCACUACAUCCACCCCAACAACUACAACUACAACCCCCAUCCCUACUACUACAUCAACACCCCCUACAACCACUACAUCCACACCAACAACUUGUAGUAGAUGUACUACUACAACUACAACCCCCAUCCCUACUACUACAUCAACACCUGCUCCAACCACUACAUCCACCCCAACAACUACUACAACUACAACCCCCAUCCCUACUACUACAUCAACACCUGCACCAACCACUACAUCCACCCCAACAACUACAACCCCCAUCCCUACUACUACAUCAACACCCCCUACAACCACUACAUCCACACCAACAACUUUUACACCAUCAACAACAACCUCAAAUCCAACUACAACUUACACCCCAACUGUUCCAACAACUACUGCAACUACAACCUCCAUCCCUACUACUACACCAACACCUGCUCCAACCACUACAUCCACCCCAACAACUACUGAAACUACAACCUCCAUCCCUACUACUACAUCAACACCUCCUACAACCACUACAUCCACCCCAACAACUACUACAACUACAACCCCCAUCCCUACUACUACACCAACACCUGCUCCAACCACUACAUCCACCCCAACAACUACUGAAACUACAACCUCCAUCCCUACUACUACACCAACACCUGCUCCAACCACUACAUCCACCCCAACAACUGCUGCGACUACAACCUCCAUCCCUACUACUACAUCAACACCCGCUCCAACCACUACAUCCACCCCAACAACUACUGCAACUACAACCUCCAUCCCUACUACUACACCAACACCUGCUCCAACCACUACAUCCACCCCAACAACUGCUGCGACUACAACCUCCAUCCCUACUACUACAUCAACACCCGCUCCAACCACUACAUCCACCCCGACAACCACUGCAACUACAACCCCAAUCCCUACUACUACAUCAACACCUGCACCAACCACUACAUCCACCCCAACAACUACUGCGACUACAACCCCCAUCCCUACUACUAGAAGACCUGCACCAACCACUACAUCCACCCCAACAACUACUGCGACUACAACCCCCAUCCCUACUACUACAUCAGCACCUCCAACCACUACAUCCACCCCAACAACUACUGCGACUACAACCCCCAUCCCUACUACUACAUCAGCACCUCCAACCACUACAUCCACCCCAACAACUACUGCGACUACAACCCCCAUCCCUACUACUACAUCAGCACCUCCAACCACUACAUCCACCCCAACAACUACUGCGACUACAACCCCCAUCCCUACUACUACAUCAACACCUCCAACCACUACAUCCACCCCAACAACUACUGCGACUACAACCCCCAUCCCUACUACUACAUCAGCACCUCCAACCACUACAUCCACCCCAACAACUACUGCGACUACAACCCCCAUCCCUACUACUACAUCAACACCUCCAACCACUACAUCCACCCCAACAACUACUGCGACUACAACCCCCAUCCCUACUACUACAUCAGCACCUCCAACCACUACAUCCACCCCAACAACUACUACAACUACAACCUCCAUCCCUACUACUACAUCAACACCUCCUACAACCACUACAUCCACCCCAACAACUACUGCAACUACAACCCCCAUCCCUACUACUACAUCAACACCUCCUCCAACCACUACAUCCACCCCAACAACUACUGAAACUACAACCCCCAUCCCUACUACUACAUCAACACCUGCACCAACCACUACAUCCACUCCAACAACUACUGCAACUACAACCUCCAUCCCUACUACUACAUCAACACCCGCUCCAACCACUACAUCCACCCCAACCACUACUGCAACUACAACCCCCAUCCCUACUACUACAUCAACACCCGCUCCAACCACUACAUCCACCCCAACAACUACUGAAACUACAACCCCCAUCCCUACUACUACAUCAACACCCCCUCCAACCACUACAUCCACCCCAACAACUACUGCAACUACAACCCCAAUCCCUACUACUACAUCAACACCUGCACCAACCACUACAUCCACCCCAACAACUACUGAAACUACAACUACUGUACCAGCUACAUCUGAAACUUCAGCAACUACCCGAAUGCAAAGUACUACAACAACUACUUCAGUUACACCAUCAACAACAACCUCAAAUCCAACUACAACUUACACCCCAACUGUUCCAACAACUACUGCGACUACAACCUCCAUCACUACUACUACAUCAACACCUCCAACCACUACAUCCACCCCAACAACUACUGAAACUACAACCUCCAUCCCUCCUACUUCAUCAACACCCGCUCCAACCACUACAUCCACCCCAACAACUACUGCGACUACAACCCCCAUCCCUACUACUACAUCAGCACCUCCAACCACUACAUCCACCCCAACAACUACUGCGACUACAACCCCCAUCCUUACUACUACAUCAACACCCCCUCCAACCACUACAUCCACCCCAACAACUACUGCAACUACAACCCCCAUCCCUACUACUACAUCAACACCCGCUCCAACCACUACAUCCACCCCAACAACUACUGCAACUACAACCCCCAUCCCUACUACUACAUCAACACCACCUCCAACCACUACAUCGACCCCAACAACUUCUACAACUACAACCCCCAUCCCUACUACUACAUCAACACCCGCUCCAACCACUACAUCCACCCCAACAACUACUGCAACUACAACCCCCAUCCCUACUACUACAUCAACACCCCCUCCAACCACUACAUCCACCCCAACAACUACUGCAACUACAACCCCCAUCCCUACUACUACAUCAACACCCCCUCCAACCACUACAUCCACCCCAACAACUGCUGCAACUACAACCCCCAUCCCUACUACUACAUCAACACCCCCUCCAACCACUACAUCGACCCCAACAACUUCUGCAACUACAACCCCCAUCCCUACUACUACAUCAACACCCGCUCCAACCACUACAUCCACCCCAACAACUACUGCAACUACAACCCCCAUCCUUACUACUACAUCAACACCCCCUCCAACCACUACAUCCACCCCAACAACUACUGCAACUACAACCCCCAUCCCUACUACUACAUCAACACCCGCUCCAACCACUACAUCCACCCCAACAACUUCUGCAACUACAACCCCCAUCCCUACUACUACAUCAACACCUCCUCCAACCACUACAUCCACCCCAACAACUUCUGCAACUACAACCCCCAUCCCUACUACUACAUCAACACCCCCUCCAACCACUACAUCCACCCCAACAACUACUGAAACUACAACCCCCAUCCCUAUUACUACAUCAACAACCCCUCCAACCACUACAUCCACCCCAACAACUUCUGCAACUACAACCCCCAUCCCUACUACUACAUCAACACCCCCUCCAACCACUACAUCCACCCCAACAACUUCUGCAACUACAACCCCCAUCCCUAUUACUACAUCAACACCCCCUCCAACCACUACAUCCACCCCAACAACUACUGCAACUACAACUCCCAUCCCUACUACUACAUCAACACCCCCUCCAACCACUACAUCCACCCCAACAACUACUGCAACUACAACCCCCAUCCCGACUACUACAUCAACACCUCCAACCACUACAUCCACCCCAACAACUACUGCGACUACAACCCCCAUCCCUAUUACUACAUCAACACCCCCUCCAACCACUACAACCACCCCAACAACUACUGCAACUACAACUCCCAUCCCUACUACUACAUCAACACCCCCUCCAACCACUACAUCCACCCCAACAACUACUGCAACUACAACCCCCAUCCCGACUACUACAUCAACACCCCCUCCAACCACUACAUCCACCCCAACAACUACUGCAACUACAACCCCCAUCCCUACUACUACAUCAACACCUCCUCCA